AUGGCGAAGUCCCCGGAGAACUCUACCCUGGAGGAGAUUCUGGGGCAGUAUCAACGUAGUCUCCGGGAACGUGCAAAUAGAAGCAUUCACCAGUUGAAAUGUACCCUGAGAGAAGGUGAUGUCACCGUUGGAGAAGAUAUGCUGGAUCCUUCUUUUAAUACCAGUGUAGGAAAUGAGGAUGCUGGAAAUGCCUGGCGUGAACUACAACACAGCCAUGCCGUUAACCAACUCAAAGCUUUGUUGCGCCAACAAGCAACCAAGGAAAGUGAGGUAUCUCUAGGAAGACAAGAAACAUCCUCUUUGAGGUCAUCAGAAUGUGAGGAAACCAAUAUGCCUACUGUCCACAAUCUUGUUCCUAUCAUCAAUGACCAGUCUCAGUACAUUUAUCAUUUAGAGGCAGAAGUCAAGUUCUGCAAGGAGGAACUGUCUGGAAUGAAAAAUAGGAUACAAGUAAUUGUGCUUGAAAAUGAAAGGCUCCAACAACAGCUGAAAUCUCGAGGACAAGAAGAAAUGAGGGAACAAACACUUCUGGAUGAAUCUGGAAACAUGCAGAAUUCUUGGAUUACAACAGGUGACGACUAUAGGGUGGAUGAAGCUGCAAAGAGAUCAUUUUCAUGUGGCAAUGCCAAUACUGUCAAAGUAGCUUCUGCUGGUGAGGCUGAAAAUUGGAAGCUAGAACUGGAGAGACUAAAACUUACUUAUGAGGAAAAGAGUGAAAUCCUGGAAUCUCAAUUGACUUUUUUGAGGAAAGACUUAGCUGAAUAUCAGAAAAACUGUGAAGAUCUUAAAGAGCGACUAAAGCAUAAAGAGUCUCUUCUUGCUGCUAAUAUUUCUAACCGUGUUGGUGGUCUUUGUUUGAAAUGUGCUCAGCAUGAAGCUGUUCUUUCCCAAACCCAUAAUAAUGUUCACAUACAAACCAUUGAAAGACUGACUAAAGAAAGAGAUGACUUAAUGUCUGUGCUAGUUUCCGUGAGGAGCAGCUUGACAGAGGUGCAGCAAAGAGAAGCAAGUGCUUAUGAGCAGGUGAAACAAGCUGUGAAAAUGACUGAGGAGGCCAGUUUUGAAAAAACUAAGGCUUUAAUCCAAUGCGAACAGUUGAAAAAUGAGCUGGAGAGGCAGGCAGACCGACUUGAGAAAGAACUUGCAUCUCAGCAAGAAAAAAGAGCCUUUGAGAAAGAGAUGUUGAAAAAAGAAAUAACAAAAGAAAGAGAAGACAUGGGCUCAAAGAUGUUGACCCUAUCUCAGAAUAUUGCCCAACUGGAGGCUGAGGUGGAAAAGGUUACAAGAGAGAAAAUUUCAGCUGUUCAUCAACUCGAGGAAAUUCAAAACCAGCUUGCUUCCCGGGAAAUGGAUGUCACAAAGGUGUGUGGAGAAAUGCGCUAUCAAUUGAAUAAAACCAAAAUGGAGAAGGAUGAGGCUGAAAAGGAGCACAGAGAGUACAGAAUAAAAACUAAAAGGGAUCUUGAAAUUAAAGAUCAGGAAAUAGAGAAAUUGAGUUUAGAACUGAGUGAAAGCAAGCAGCGCUUGGAACAGCAGCAGGAGAAGGCAACCCGGGCCAGAGAGGAGUGCCUGAAACUGACAGAACUGCUGGGCGAAUCCAACCACCAACUGCACCUCACCAGACUGGAAAAAGAUAGCAUUCAGCAGAGCUUUAGCAAUGAAGCAAAGGCCCAAGCCCUUCAGGCCCAGCAAAGAGAGCAGGAGCUGACACAGAAGAUACAGCAAAUGGAAGCCCAGCAUGACAAAACUGAAAAUGAACAGUAUUCAUUGCUGACCUCCCAGAAUUCAUUUUUGACAAAGUUGAAGGAAGAGUGCUGCAUGUUAGCCAAGAAACUGGAACAAGUCUCUCAGAAAAGCAGAUCUGAAAUAGCUCAGCUCAGUCAAGAAAAAAUGUAUACAUAUGACAAACUGGAAAAGUUACAGAGAAGAAAUAAUGAAUUAGAGGAACAGUGUGUCCAGCAUGGGAGACUACAUGAGAUAAUGAAGCAAAGGCUGAAGCAGCUAGACAAGCACAGCCAGGCCACAGCCCAGCAGCUGGUGCAGCUCCUCAACAAGCAGAACCAGCUUCUGCUGGAGAGGCAGAGCCUGUCGGGAGAGGCGGGACAUCUGAGACCCCAGUUACCCAGCAUGCCACAAUCUGAUUGCUGA